UCCUUACCUUUUGCUAAAUCCACAAAACCUACCACCGUUCUCUCUCACGCAUCACGCAGAUAGACAAUUAACUACUAAUCACAUCGACAGAUAACCACUAAUCGACCCGACUAUCACCCCAACUACUAACACCAUCAACAAACCAAAUUUUGAUUUAGAUAAUCAUUCAAACUAGUAAAGCUGCCCAUUCAAUCUAGUAACCAAGUAGUCGGAUUAGGAUACCUUAACCAUAGAAACAAAGAGAAUUUGAGCUGAAAAUCAAGUCCGAAAACCAAAUUAAACGUCUGGCCUAACCAACUAUUACCGGAAAGGGUUCUGAAAUCCAUCCCGGAAAGUCCAGACACCCCCCCCAGACAGGGGAGCUGUUGCUUCUGCUGGGCAUCGGCGAGCUAUGAUCUUGCCAACCAUUCCAGACAGAGGAUUCUGGAGUCGGGCUUCAGCCUCGGUGACCAGGCCGUGCGAAGCUUCUCGAUAGGGAACUGCUCAAACAGCCGGGCGACCAACCCACCACGGUAGACACCGUCGACCUUCUCCAAGUAUUUUGAGCCCUCUGGGAAGUGUGGAGCGUAGAUGCAAUCCUCCCUGCAUUCACGCCCCUCAAACUCUCAAACUGUGCACCUCUCCAUUUGAUGUCACUCACUCAUUAUGGAGAAGUUCAGAUGCCCUGCAUUAAGUCAAAGAAUACCUUGGAGCAGAAGUCGAAAUGUUGCUGCAUCUAAACUUGUCCCUUGAAGAUUGCUCAUCCUGGAUCCCUGUUCACCACAAUACCUGAAUCAUCGCAUGAUCUAGGCGAGCGGGUUAACUUGGAGAAUCCUUGUAAAGACAACAAUUAAGACACAGCCGAAAAUAGAGCUGAGUAUUACACGAUCCAAAUAGAAAAUUGACGAUAUACAACAUCAGACUCCUUCCUCCAAUAUAAUCACUGGAAACAAGGACGAUGGUGACUAUGGGUGCAGAUAUUCAUCUCUUAAUUUCCACAUGUUCUCUUGGUUCCUUCCGAGAGAACCCAUUAAAAAAGGGAUCAUUUCCACAUGUCGAAUUGCAUAGCAGUUGCAUAAUAGGAGCAAAUCUAAGAAUAUCUGAACACUCCAAGUCCAGAAAACCACUAAAGAAAAGAAAGCAUUCAUACAGACACGAUAUCAUCAAAGCCCCGAAGUAGAAAGGAAAGACAGGAAGGUAAGCAGAGUUGGGAACUUCUACAACCAAAUUCCUAAACUACAUUCAUAAAGGAACAAACAGUCUCUCCAUAAUCUUUCUUUCACCAACCGAGUAAGCAACCUAUCAGUCAGAAAGUCCAAAUUAGCGUGUUCACAUCGUAAUCACCGUUUCUUUGCCCCCAAGUUUUCAUUUCCCCUAUGUCUCUAUAUAAACAAUCAAAUGAUCAUUUCCUCCAUAACAGACCAACUUCAUUGCAGUGCGAAAAGAGGAAAAGAGAGCAACUUGAAUCAUACCCAAGAGAAGUUCAACGAGGAUGACUACUACUCCUGCUGCUAUUGGGGAAAUAUGGGUAAUUUCAUUUCACGGGCAGGGGCAUCUCCUACCGACCUUCGAACUCUGCCAGCAAUUCCUCUCCCGGAAGCUCAAAACCACUCUGUUCGUCUCCUCCCGCGUCUCCUCCUCCAUCCCUCCCCCUCUCUCCGCCGACCAACUCUUCCACGUCGUCGAGACCCCGCAACUCCCGCCUCCUCCUCCACCGUCGCCUGACACCGGCGACCAUUUCCACCAUCGCAUCCAGCUGGAGCGCGUCCAGAUGGCUGAGUGCCUCCAAAAGUUACUCGCGAUCCGCGGGGCUAAACCCCUCUGUGCGGUCGUCGACCAUCUGAAAUCCUGGGUGGGUUCGAUUCUUCACGAGCUCGACAUCCCGGCGAUUGGGUUCUUCACAUCGGGAGCGUGCUCGGCGGCGAUGGAGCACGCGAUGUGGAAGGCGGGGUCGGCUGAUUUGGGAGAAAUCGGAAACGAAAGCCGUUUGCUUCCCGGCUUACCAGAUCACAUGGCGGUAACGGGAUCUGACCUCAAAAGAAGACCUUUUGGGCACUCUGGAAGGCGGCACCCAUCUCCACCACCGCAGCCCAUUGGGCCGCCACCUCCUAGCCCAGAAUCUGAGCUCCCGAAACCACCCAUGGGCCGGAGAAGGAAGGGUCCACCUGCGCCCGGUGAUCAACCGCAUUGGUUCCAAGAAAUGGAUGGAUUUGCCCAGUACCUUUACAACACGUGUCACGAACUGGAGUCCCCAUUCAUCGAGUACCUCAACGAAGCUUUUGGCAAACCAGUUCGGGCCGUUGGUCCAUUGCUGCCAGACAAAUACUGGAAAUCGACGAGGAUGGGUUCAGCGUUCCGGGAUCAGGAAGUACGAGUGAAACGAGAGACAAAUGUGAAGGAAGAGGAGGUGAUCGAAUGGCUGGAUUGCAAACCGGCCGGAUCAGUGCUAUACGUAUCAUUUGGCAGCGAGGUGGGUCCGACGAUAGAGGAGUACUCAGAGUUGGCUGAGGCGCUGGAAGCAUCGAACCGACCAUUCAUCUGGACAAUCCAACUCGGUUCCGGCCCUUUUGGUUCUAAGUUUAACUCGGACGAGAACCCGGAGCAAGGAUUUUACCCACAUGGUUUGCAGGAGAGAGUGGGGAAGGGGAGAGGCUUGAUCAUCCACGGGUGGGCGCCACAGCUGCUGAUCUUGAGCCACCCUUCUACUGCAGCGUUCUUGUCGCACUGUGGAUGGAACUCGACCGUGGAGGCCAUUGGGUGCGGGGUCCCCAUACUAGCAUGGCCAAUUCGAGGUGAUCAAUAUCAUAAUGCCAAACUUGUGGUCAAGCAUUGGGAUGCUGGUGAAUUUGUAACAGAUGAUUUCUCAAAAUCGGUCAGCAAAAACGACAUUGCUCGAGGCAUAGAGGAUAUAAUGCGCCAGGAGGAGGUGAAGAAAAAUGCAAGAGCCAUUAGUGUCAAGCUUGAGAAUGGCUUCCCUAUCACCUCUACGGAUGCUUUGAAUGCUUUCAGGGACUCAAUUCUGAGGGCUGCCAAUUCCUAAUGCUGCAAACCUACUUAUUGCUAUGUACCGAAUAUGCAGUGGCUUCUAUUUGUACUUGUUUCUUUUUCACUAUGAUUCGAAAUCAUACUACGAUUUCGGUUGAAGGAUCAAAUAUGUUUUUAUCUCAUUAUACUAUCAUGGGUUUCUUACGAUUGUCAGGGUCUCAGGGAAAUACAUGUACUACUAGUUUCUUUUCUUCUACCUCCAUCUUGCGACUUCUGCACGACCUUAAAUUAAGCCGACUCGUUACC